AUGAUUGGAGUUCUAGUUGCCGGGGCUAAUACUAUAGCUUAUGUGCCGUGUCUUAUUCAGAUGUUUGUUUUCCAUGUGGGAGGUGUGAUGGAGAUGUUUGCUUUAGCUGUUAUGGCAUUUGAUCGAUUGCUUGCUAUUAGCUGUCCCUUUCAGUACCACAGCUAUGUAACAAAUGUGCGCACUGCUGUCUUCACAUAUAUCCUGUGGGUUGCUGCCUGUGGUCUUGUGGCUCUUCUGCCUGAAACUCUGCUUCCUCUCCCUCACUGCCACUUGAAGCUGAAGUACAGUUUCUGUGACUAUCCGGCCUUGAUACGAAGUGUGGUAUUAACUCUUAAUGCUCGCCAUGGUUUAAUGAUCGGGGCCAUCCUCGGUCCAUCUCUUUUUAACCCUUUGGUAUAUUGUCUUAGGACCAAUGAAAUCAGAUAUAAGAUCUUUAAGAUAUUCAAAAAAAGUUGA